CUCCCAAAUUAUAUCCUUAAAAAACACAUCCAUCUCUUUCACUUCAUUACAUCCAAAAGAAAAUGGCAAUAAUUCGGUUGAUAACAGGAUGGCCAGGUCCUAGCGGCUUCGGAUCAGCCACCACUGCUGAACAAGUCACUGCCGGUAUUGAUGCUUCCGGUUUAACUGUCAUCAUUACAGGAGGAGCAAGUGGGAUUGGGUUAGAGACAUCAAGAGUGCUAGCGCUAAGAGGAGCUCAUGUGAUAAUAGCAGCAAGAAACAUGAAGGCUGCAAAUGAAGCGAAACAGACCAUCUACGAAAGCAAUGAAAACGCUAAAGUUGAUGUUCUCCAGCUUGAUCUUUCUUGUCUCAAGUCGGUCAAGGCCUGUGCAGAUAGCUUCUUGGCUCUUAACCUUCCCCUCAACAUUCUAAUAAACAAUGCUGGUAUUAUGUUCUGCCCCUACCAACUCUCACAAGAUGGGAUAGAGAUGCAAUUCGCCACAAAUCAUCUAGGUCACUUUUACUUGACAAACUUACUCAUUGAAAAGAUGAAGGACACUGCUUCAAAUACUGGUAUUGAGGGUAGAAUUAUUAACUUGUCAUCUAUAGCUCAUCUACGCACUUAUGAAGAAGGGAUCAGAUUUGAUGCGGUUAAUGAUGAAACAAGCUACUCGGAUAAAAAAGCAUAUGGGCAAUCAAAGUUAGCAAGCAUAUUACAUGCAAACGAGCUCUCCCGACGCUUAAAGGAAGAGGGUGCAAAUAUUACGGUUAACUCUGUACACCCAGGGCUAAUAAUGACGAAUCUCAUGAAAUAUUCGCUGAACUUUAUGAGAUUUAUGAAGCUGCUCACUUUUCUAUUCUGGAAAAAUGUCCCACAGGGUGCGGCAACAACGUGCUAUGUAGCAGUGCAUCCAGAUAUGAAAGGGUUGAGUGGCAAGUACUUUCUAGAUUGCAAUGAAUGGCCUGCAAGUGAUUUUGCAAGAGAUCCUAAGAUGGCUAAGAAGCUCUGGGACUAUAGCAACCACCUACUUGAUACUGUUCUUAGACAACCGUAAUUUACAAAUGACUGUACCAUCAAUGUUAUAUAUGGAUUUGAAGUAUUCUAUUUGUCAUUUGUGGAUUGGAGAAGGAUUUGGCUCUGUUUUUUCCUUCACGUUCAUGUCAUAUUUGUAAUGGUUGAAUGUCGUUAGAGAUUGACUUAAACAAAAAAAUAUAUUUAUUUA